AUCUUUCAGAAUUUAGUAACUAAAGAGCUACAUCUGGAUGCAGACAUACUUUGACUUUAAUUGUAGUUGUUGAGAUUUGAAGCAUCUAUUAAUUAUUAGAUUCUUAUUAAUGUUUGUAUUUAAAUAUUUGGAUCAUUACUAAUUACAGAGGCAGAUGUGACAAUUUCUCCUUUGAAUUUACUAUAAUGUAAUUCAGUGAUAAAAAUUUGGGGCACUUGGAAGUGUUUUAUGUGUUAAAUUUAUCAAAGAAUUAUGUCAUUAAAAUUUAAAAUAAUAGGAAUUUUAUUUUAUUGUGGAAAGUGUACAGUUAAAGUACAUAUGGGGUUGCCUUUGGGAUAAAUAUGCUAAUAGAGUGUUUUGCUGUGCCAAAAUUAUGAUGGAGUCAAUAUUAGAAGCUUGUCCAAAUGCUAAUAGUAAUACAGAACAGAUUCUGUAAUGUUCAACUGAUUGUACUUCGGACCACCUGAUCUAUCUACACAAAUACAGUGUAUAACUGGUUUAAAAUAAUUCUUGCACUGAAUUUAGUGGUGGGAACAUUACAGAGAACUGUGAAGAGAUCAAUAGCUUGAGCUUCUGUAUUUUCAUGAUCUCAUAAAUGUAACUUUUUUUUAAGGAUUAGUCAGAUGCAGCUUCUUCGUUAAUUUUUAUAUAUAAACAUUUACUGGUUUACCAACAUUCUAUGUCCAGACUUGGGGCUAUAUUUGGUGGUAAUUACUGUUAUGCAGUUUUACAGGUGGGAGGAAAAACCUUUUACACCUAAUGCUGCGCCCUUUUCUAAAAACAGCUUUCGGUCAGAACAGGAUUCCAGAGCCUAGGGCAGAACAAAGAAUAAGUCGAAAGAGAAAACUGCCCAUUUAGGUGAACUCGCAAGUUGUCGCGAGUUGUCGUCGUAUCCUAGAAGAAAAAAAUGCCUCCACCUCGUUUGAACCACCAAGAUCUCAGGAAUGAAUCCACCACAAAAGACAAAACAGGCACUCUUGAUGUCCCUUUGAAAUUCUUGGAUCAGGACUACCAGGAGCUGCAGAAGAGCUGCUUUACCAAUAAGAUGAGAUUUGUUGAUGACAAGUUCCCUCCAGACAGCAGCUCCAUUGAUCCACAGAAGAAACUUAAACUGGAUCUGGACCAAAUCAAGUGGUUUAGACCAUCAAAUAUAGUGUCAAACCCUCAGCUCAUUGUACAGGGGGCAUCCAGGUUUGACUAUUCCCAAGGAUCUUACUUGGGAAACUGCUGGUUUCUUGCUUCAGUUGGGGCUUUAACAUUUCAGAAGGAAAUCAUGGACCAGGUCAUGCCAGCUGACCAGUCAUUUGGUAAAGAUUAUGCAGGGAUAUUUCAUUUCAGAUUCUGGCGCUUUGGGAAAUGGAUUGAUGUUGUCAUUGAUGACAAACUGCCAACAAUCAAAGGAAAGCUCAUUUUUGUUCACUCAAAAACAUCUAAUGAGUUUUGGCCUGCCUUACUGGAGAAAGCUUAUGCCAAGGUGUGCGGCUCCUAUGCUGACAUGCAUGCUGGUUGUGUAUCUGAGGCUUUGCUGGACUUCACCGGUGGUGUCCAUGUGUACUUCAAACUGAAACAAACUUCUACUGAUUUGUGGAGCCUGAUGGACCGUGCAGCCAAAGCAAAGGCCCUUAUGGGCUGCAGCACUUCUCGUGGGGAUACUUCUGCAAACACAGUAUUACCCAAUGGCAUCGUUCAAGGCCAUGCAUAUACAGUGACAGGGGUUUUCAAGGUGACAUCCCAAGGAGAACCAGUAAGGCUGGUGAGAGUGUUGAACCCAUGGGGAAAAGGCGAGUGGACCGGUGCCUGGAGUGACAAGUCAUUAUUGUGGAACAGCGUGAGUGAAAGUGACCAAUCCAAUUGUCGUUCUUCAGCCAUUGAUGGGGAGUUCUGGAUGUCAAUGGAGGACUUCGCAGAAAACUUUAGGGGCAUUGAUAUUUGCUGCCUCAGUCCUGAUUUUCUGGACAGUUCCUCUAAAUACAGCUGGACUUCCACAUGCUAUUAUGGCAGCUGGGAUGCUGGGACUACAGCUGGUGGCCGCCCCAAUAAUAAAGAGACGUUCUGGACAAACCCUCAGUUUCGGGUGAAGAUUGAGGAGCUUGAUAAGGAAUGUGCUAGUGGCCAGUGUCCUGAAAACAUACUGGUGUCCCUCAUGCAGAAACAUGAGAACAGAUACAGAAGUCUUGUUUCUAACUACUUCAUCGGCUUCAGUGUUUUUGUGGUCAGUAUUAACAAAAGUCAAAGAAUACAACAGUUUUGGUGUCCACUUAUUAAUGGUGUGUUAUUAUUCUAUUUUCUACUUUAACAGAUCCCACCAGAGGCAAGUAAAAUUUAAUACAGAAAGAUUUAAUUACUCUAUUAACUAUAUUUAGCUCUAAAUAAAGUGGUUGCUUGAAUAAAAGUUUAUAUUUCAUUCUCCUUUAGAUGAAAGAUGAGAAGUUUCCAGCCAAGUUCUUCUAUAAUAAACAUCCUGUGGAAGCUAGUGAGAAAUUUACCCAAGCAAGACAUGUGAUGAAAUUCUUCAAGCUUGAACCAGGAGAAUAUCUCAUUGUACCAUCAACUUUAAAUCCUAAUGAGCGUGCAAAAUUCACGCUGUCCAUCUUCUUAAAGAGUGGAUCCCAAAAGAGAAAUUAGAAACCUGUCAUGACAUUAUGAAAUCAUUAUCAAGGAAUAAUCAGUGGGACAGUAGAUGAAUGGAAAGAUACCAGUGGAUUGAUUUUAUAUUAGUUAUUUUAUUUACUUGUCACAGAGCUCACUUAAAGAGUUAUUUAGUGUAAUUUUGCCAGAAAAAGUUAGAUUUAUUUUUAUUUUUGCCAUGAAAAUAGCCUAAGAUGCUGACAUGGCAUUAAAUAAAACAUACUACUAUUUGCUUGUCACAUCAUUGCAAAACCUUUGCAAAAAGUUGUUUUCAGUCCCUGAUCAUGUAAUUUUACAUAAAUAUAGACUUCAGGUCUGUUUUACAAAUGAGGUUUCUCAAAAUUGUUGUUUAAUGCAUAGAUCUAAGUAGAAUGUUGUGCAUACAAACAUUAUGCUUCAUAAUUCCAGGUUUAGAGGAACACACCAAUGUUUUGUAAUUUUUGUAAUUUGAAACUAACAUGUAAAGUUUAUUCAUGUUUAUUAUAAAAAAAAUGCUUAAAGAAUGCAAACUUACAUUUUUGUACUUCAUUUAUAUUUUUUUAAGUUUUAUGUUAUUUUAUUCUGUUACAGUUGUCAUAGUCAUCUGGCAAGCUGUGACAAAUGGGGGCUCGUCCGGGAUCUUUUGGAAAUUCCUGUUAUGUUUUCUACGUAUUUUGGAAGUGCUUUGUUUUUUUGCGUUCGUUAAUUUUUAAUGAAAAUUGGGCUUGUUGUUUAACCGAAUGGGUUGGGAUGUUUUAAACGUCAUUGUUGAACAAAUUAUGCAUUUGAUGUUUGUUUAGUGAUGUCACUCACACAACCUCUGACCACGACCUCCUCUCCAAUAAGCUGGUGUGUGGUGGGCGUUCUGGCGCAAUAUGGCUGCCAUCGCAUCAUCCAGGUGGAUGCUGCACACUGGUGGUGGUUGAGGAGAUUCCCCCCUUUCAUGUAAAGCGCUUUGAGUACCCAGAAAAGCGCUAUAUAAAUGUAACAAAUUAUUAUUAAAAGUCUAAGACUCCUAAAUAGAUAUUUUACCACUGUUUGUUGUUAAAAAGUAUGUAGGAACCGUAAUAGAUUAAUUUAUGACAAGAGUGCACCUCAAAACAUAUACAUCAUAACAGGAUUUCUGACCUUCCUCACAAAAAUCAUUUUUCAUUUCCUUUUUUCCUAUUACAUGUUUUAGUUAUCAUUAUAAAUUAUAUAUCAUUUGAAAGUU